GACUCAAGACUUAUGAAAACCGCUUUUCUCCUCUUUCCCGAUCCUUUACGGUUACGGUUAAAGCCCCACACACCUCAAAUUCCAGGUCCUUCGCCCCGGUAUACAUCUGUUUCGACCCCAAUCUCAACAAGUGUCCCCUUUCCUCUGUGUCCCCCAGUCUUCCCUCAGUCCUGGGUUCAGCCAUCCGCGCUUCCUCCGUUCCUCUUCGUCCAUUUCCCGCCUCAGGCCAGCUGCUGUUUAUUUUAGGUCAUGCCUGGAGCUAAACAUGCCCAGAGUCCAGAGAAAGGGGGCGUCUGCAUUACUGAAGACCUUAUCACCAAGAGGAACUUGACCUUCCCUGAGGAUGAAGAUCUGUCUGAAAAGACGUUUCAUACCCUUGAUGAACUGGAGACAGUCCGCUUGGACCGGGAAGGGAUUACUUCUAUCAGGAAUUUAGAGGGGCUCCAGAAUAUUCACAGCCUCUAUCUGCAAAUGAAUAAGAUCCAGCGAAUUGAGAACCUGGCUUGCAUCCCCUCCCUGCGCUUCCUGUCUCUGGCAGGAAACCAAAUCAAGCAGGUGGAAAACCUCCUGGACCUCCAGUACCUCCAGUUUCUGGACCUUUCUGAGAACAUGAUAGAAAUACUGAAGCUGGAUGAGCUGCCCCAGAGCCUUCUCAUCCUCAACCUGUCUGGAAACCCCUGCACCAAUCAGGAUGGCUACAGAAAGAUGGUGAUCAGAGCCCUGCCUCUGCUCCUGGACCUGGAUAAGCAGCCUGUGUUGGAGCGCUGGACCUCAGAUGAGGAGGAUAAAGCCUCAGAUGAUGAGGAGGAGUUUCCAGAGCUGAGUGGCCCCUUCUGCUCAGAGAGAGGCUUCUUCAAAGACCUGGAGCAGGAACUGCACCAGCACCAGGAGCGCAGGCAGCAGGCAGCCCUGGCAGAGCACCUUUCAAGGACAAAGACACUGCCUGCCCUCACCAACCUGCCCCUGCUGCCUACAGUGCCCAUGGCUAGGGACUGCAACCCUUCUGUCCCGGUGCAACCAGAGAAAGAGUCAGCCCCUAAGGCUACCUCCUUACCCCACACCUCCUCCUCUAUUAUGAAACUAACUUAUAAGGGCCAGGAAAGCUCUGUCCAGGCAAGGAAGGGAGCCCCAGCAGCCUCUAAGACCUCUCUGGUUGCAGCUUCUAGCUUGAAAAAAACUAUAACCAAAAGAACCAAGAAGUAAAGCACUCCUCAGUACCUUAGCUGUGCAGGAGCCCCACCCUCAAUAAAGUAUCUCUGAGCUUA